AUGCCAUCCAGCUGCUCACCAGCCUCCGUCAAGAUCUGUCCCCGGCCCUCCUCUGCCUGUUCCAGCAGCAUGAGCUUCCGGCCCGAACUGUGCCUGGGUUAUGUCUGCCAGCCCAUGACCUGUGUGCCUUCUGUAUGCAUGCCUCCUACCUACCGGCAGACCAGCUGCCUUCCUAAGACCUACCUUUCCAGCUGCUGCAGGCCCACCAGCUGUAGGCCAACUAGUGCCAUGGGUACCUGCAGCUGGAUAUGUGAAGGGACCUUCAAUAGCAGUGAGAAGGAGACCAUGCAGGUCCUAAAUGACCGCCUGGCCAACUAUCUGGAGAAAGUACGACAGCUGGAGCAGGAAAAUGCCAGCCUGGAGAGCAAGAUCCAAGAGGCUUGCCAGUCCCAGAUGCCCACCAUGUGUCCUGACUACCAAUCUUAUUUCAGGACCAUUGAAGAGCUACAACAGAAGGUUUUAUGCACCAAGGCAGAGAAUGCCCGGAUGGUUGUGCACAUCGACAAUGCUAAGCUGGCUGCUGAUGACUUUAGGACCAAGUAUGAGACGGAGGCAGCCAUGAGGCAGCUGGUGGAGGCUGACACCAAUGGCCUGCGCCGGGUACUGGAUGAGUUGACCCUGUGUAAGGCCGACCUGGAGGCCCAGGUGGAGUCCCUGAAGGAGGAGCUGUUGUGUCUCAAGAAGAAUCACGAGGAGGAGGUUGGGACGCUUCGUUGCCAGCUUGGGGACCGCCUUAAUAUUGAGGUGGAUGCAGCACCCCCUGUGGACCUGAACAGGAUGCUGGAGGAGAUGCGGUGUCAGUAUGAGACCAUGGUGGAAAGCAACCACCGAGACGUGGAGGAGUGGUUCAACAUGCAGAUGGAGGAGCUGAACCAGCAGGUGGCCUCGAGCUCAGAGCAGCUGCAGAGCUAUCAGUCAGACAUCAUCGACCUGAGACGCACCGUCAACACACUCGAAAUCGAGCUGCAGGCACAGCACAGCCUGAGGGACUCCUUGGAAAACACGCUGACAGAGACAGAAGCCCGCUACAGCUCACAGCUGGGCCAGAUGCAGUGCAUGAUCACCAAUGUGGAGUCACAGCUGGCUGAUAUCCGCUGUGACCUGGAGCGACAGAACCUGGAAUACAAGGUGUUACUUGAUGUUAAGGCACGGCUGGAAUGUGAGAUCAACACAUACCGGGGGCUGCUGGAGAGCGAGGAUUGCAAGUUACCCUGUAACCCUUGCUCCACCACCUCCUGCCCUCCAAGUGCUCCAUCUCCCUGUGUACCUCGAACUGUCCUUGUCCCCUGCAUGCCCUGCCCCCAGGGCCGCUACUGAAACCCUGCAGCGCAAACCCUGCAGAGGGGCUAUUGCUGGAACGUGCUGCCUCAUCAGGACCAG